UCGGCGUGCCGUGAGAGCGGCGAUUCAGACUCGGACGGGUACGAAGCGAGCGCGGCGCGGGCGCGGCCUUCCGCCAUGGCGCUAGUGGCGCCGCGCGGGCCCGCACGCACUCUCUGGUGCGAAGUGCCCGAAGUGCUCAACUCAGCCGUGCUCAGCUCACUAGCGCCAGCACAGAAGCGUCUGCAAGAGGCCAAGUUCGAGGUGCUGACGUCGGAGGCGUCGUACCUGAACUCUCUGAACGUGUUGGAGGCGCACUUCAUCUCGCACCCCGCCUUCCGUGACCCGCACGUCCUGCCGCCGCACGACUGGGAUACGCUAUUCUCUACCAUAUUGCCAGUGCGUAAGUGCUCGCAACUAUUGAUGAUGGACCUAGAGAAGUGCUGGCAGGAGAACAUCUUGCUGCAGGACAUCUGCGACAUCGUGCGGCGGCACGCAGAGGCGCGCUUCCACGCCUACGUCAAGUACUGUGAGAACCAGGUGCUGAUGGUGCGCGCGCUGCAACGGCUACGAGACCGCCCAGCUUUCGCCAACGCACUCAAAAGACUGGAGAGCCACCCGGCGUGCCAGAGUCUGUCGCUGCACUCCUUCCUGAUGCUGCCGAUGCAGCGCGUGACGCGGCUGCCGCUGCUGCUGGACGCCGUGCUGCGCAACCUGCAGCCCGCAGACCGCGAGUACGACGGCUGCAUGCACGCCCUCGCCACGCUCAACGACUUCGUGUCGCAGUGCAACGAGGGCGCGCGCAACACGGAGCGCGUGGAGGAGAUGUUCCGCCUGGCGGCCGCCAUCGAGUUCCCCUCGCACGCGCGCACCGCGCCCCUGCUCGGCCCCGCCUGCUCGCGCAGAGAUCGCAAGCCGAUCCGGUGGCUGGUGCGGUCCGGCGAGAUGACGCAGCUGAUCUGGAAGGCGGACGAGCUGAAGCUGACGUUCGGCAAGAAAUUCCACAAGGUGCCGCUGCAUCUCUUCCUUUUCAACGACCUCCUCGUCGUCACCAAGAAGAAGGGCGAGGAGUCGUACCUGGCGGUGGACUGGUGCGCGCGCUCGCUGCUGGAGGUGUGCGAGGGUGCGGCCGCCCCGCCCGCCGCCAAGCACGCCCUGCUGCUCACAUUGCUCGAGAACAGAGAUGCGCGCACGGUAGAGAUGGUGAUGUCGUGUCCGAGCGAGACGGACCUGUCCCGCUGGAGCGAGGCGCUGGCCCCGCUGCAGGGCGGCGCGGGCGAGGCGGUGUACGCGGGCUGGGACUGCCCGCAGGUUGCCGCGCUCUACGCCUACGCGCCCGCGCAGCCCGACGAGCUGCCGCUCGCAGAGGGAGACGUCGUCAACGUCACGCGUAAGACCAGCGAAGGUUGGUACUACGGCGAGCGCACGCGGGACGGCGAGGCGGGCUGGUUCCCCGGCUCCUACACUGUGGAGAUCGCGUCUGCGCACGUGCGCGCGCGCAACCUGCGCCAGCGCUACCGUCUGCUCGCACUCUCCGGCACAUACCUCGGACACAGGAAGCGAGCGCCCUAGACUGAAACUGCACUCUAACUUCUCUUUCACCGUUUACAUAUUCAAAUAAUUAAGCGAAAUGCUAUUUAAAAAAAAUCUAUACUACUGUAAUAAAAUAAAGGGGACCAAAUGUUUCAUAAAUUUUCCGAGGGCAAAAUUACUUGUCUAAAACUAAACGAAUCAUGAACACAUUCCUAUUACUUCUGAAUGAUGCAUUUUCUACUAAUUAUGAAGUAUAUCUGUAGCCAGUAGCCGUCCAAGCACUGCCUUAUUACUGUUUAGAAUUUAAGUAUAAAGUUAACUUGGUCUGUAGCGUAAGUGACGUGCACCGAACUGUGAAUAUUGGUGCUUAUUUAUUUAAGAAGACAUUAUUACAACUUAAUUAUUAUUAUUAAUUAUUAAUUUGAUCAACUAACGAUUACUAUUUGUAUAUAUAUUUAAAAAAAAGUUAAAUUUAUGAAAUUAAUUUGAAAUACGAAUGAAUAUAAUGUUUAGGCUAUUUUUAUGUGUGAUCCAUUGUUAUAAAAAUGAUGCUUUAUGUUUUUAAGAAUUGUAUGUAGAUUAUUGUACAGUUACGUUUGAGAUUCGCAGCAAUUUAUUGUACAGAUUAUGUUUAAAACUCUACCAUAGACUAGGUGUCAUCCGAUGGCUUUGCUUGUCCGCUAUAUAAAUUAACUAGUCAACUAGCGGACAAGGAACUAAUUAAAAUUGUUAUACAUUGAUUUAUUACAUUCCUUUGUUGUUUUGCAUCGUAAUAAAUAAUAGUUCGGUACUUUUUUAGACUUUUUGAGGCAAUGAAACACUAUAACAUUGAAAAGAGACAGAUUGCUAUAACUUCGUAGAACUAUCUCUAUCUCAGGAACUUUAUUUUUUAAAUGUCGAUUUGAUUCUUUUAUUGAUUUAUUCCGAGUGAAAAAAUCUAAAUUUUGACGUACAAAGUUUUUUUUUUAAAUGUAGAAUUGUAAUAUUUAGUUACCUAUUGAUUUGUAAAGCGACGUAUAAUUAGAAAUCCUCAAAGCUUUGUCUAACAAAUCUGAAUACGAUAUGCACAAAAUUACUUAAAAUCCAAUGUUUAAUGAAAUAAGACCGCGUAUGAAUACGAUUUUAUAAUAGUAUUUACAUAAGUAAAUUAUUAUAAUUGUAUAUACACUUUUUUAGUAACUUGCUGAGACUUGCAUAUUAUGGUGUUAUACAAAAUAAACAAUUUAAUUUAA